AUGUUCCUAUCGGGGACGUCGACGGGCGGCGCGCUCGGCAGGAAGUCGCUCGGCACGCGGGUGUUAUCGGGGGUCGGGCCGGGCCGGCCGCCGACAGACGACAUUUUACUGGGGAGGUUCCUUGGAAGAGAUAACGGCACCACAGACACAAGGAUAGCGGCGAAAGUCGGGGACAAGAAGUCAGCACUGUUACAGGUCCACCCCAGCUCCAGAACCAGUCACGUUGCGGGUGUGUGCCAGUGGUGUAAAUGCCAGCAUAACCUGACAGAGCUGGAUGUGACCCAUACUGUUUACCAUCACAUCAUUGUCAGCGACAAGUACAAGUUUCUCUACUGCUACGUCCCAAAGGUAGCCUGCACCAACUGGAAAAGAGUUAUAAAGGCCUUAGAGGGCAGUCUUGCUUCUACAGAUGAAGAAAUCGACAUCUACGAAAUCCACCGUAAAAACUGGACCUACCUGAAGGACUACGACCAUGCGGGGAUCCAGCACAGACUCCAGAAUUACUACAAGUUCAUGUUCGUGCGAGACCCCUUAGAGAGACUGGUCUCCGCGUACAGGGACAAGUUCGUGGAGCAUCCAGAGGAGUACUUCGGGAGACGUUACGGGACCAGGAUACAGAAGAUGUACCGAAACGGGGUGUGGAACAUCUUAGGAGCAGACGUGACUUUCGAGGAGUUUGUUCGCUUCGUGAUUCAGGCCAAAGGGUACGACUUAAACGAGCACUGGCAGUCUUAUACAGAGCUGUGCCAACCUUGUGCUGUGAACUAUGAUUUUAUUGGCAUGUAUGAAAACUUGGAGGAAGACACCGAACACGUCUUAAAGGUACUUGGCGUGGACAAGAAGGUGUCAUUUCCUAGGAGACAGGAACAGAUUUAUAACAAAAGGACUACAGGAGAGGUUCUUAAGGAACACCUGGAUGUCUUGCCUGAUGCUGAAAGUUACAUUCGCAAACUGGUAAAAAAAUAUAGCCUAGACUACACCAUGUUUGGGUAUGACAGGCCUAUACCAGAUGCACGAUAGGAGAUAUUGAUUCCACAUCCUUCGUACAAAGGCCCUUUGUACAAAGUGUUAAUUGGCAGAAUUUUAUGUACAUACAAGUACUGCUUGGACAUGGUUUAAGAGUCAAAAAACAAGUUUCUACAUCUGCAACUUAAUAAGACAAUGUGCCUGAACCAGACUAAGUUGGUAGCACCUCCAUUGUUGUUGCUGUGCCUACACUAUGUUUACUAUGCCCCAGAAGAACAUAAUUACUGGCUGGGACUUCCAAAAAUGUAGGUUGGCAUCCCUUAAUUUCUUCCACACUGACCAAACAGGGCUCAUUGAAAAAUACCACUGUCCUUUUGAUAUAGGGGAAACUGAGUGUCAUUUCCUGGCAUAUUUUGUUAGGUAUACAAAGUUAUAUCUAUAUUUUGGCAGUUAAUACUUCCCUUUGCCGGUUUUGUACUGUGAACAUUUCCAUUUUCUGUAAGUUUUAUACAAACUUCAUUCCUUGGCAAUCUUGGGGCCAUGUACAUACCAAGUGCAAUAAUGUUAUUAUUAUUGUUAAGUAAAGAGUGGUAGCAGAACUUUUGCAGAAAGACUUGCUUUUAGUUUUUUUUACAUAAGUUUAAAAAAUGUGCCAUUAUAGUUUUGUUAUUUUUUUGUCGAGAGUUGGUUUGCAAUCAUUAUGCCAUGUUUUGUUUAUAGGUUGCUCCUAUUGCUGUGCUGUGCUGUGCCAAAUGAUUACAGAUGUUUAAAAAAUCUGAUCAUAUAUAAUAUCUGUUGUUUUGCCCUUUAAUUUGUAAACCUUUGUCUAGAUCUUUUCUCUAUUCCAAGAUACAUUUCAAAAUAUGUAGCUCAAUGUCAAGACAAAGACUGAGAGAUACGUUUGUGUUUAUAAAGAGCAAGAAAGGUACUAUAAGAUUGAAAUACGAAA